AAGGGUUUUGAUUGGGCGUAGUUGAACCUCCAGACAAGGCAGCUGUUUGUGAUCGAAACCUGCUCGAAUCCUCCCCAUUUGUUCAGACGUGGAGACAGUUUGUCGACGGUAAAACGUUUGGAGAAAUGAUUUUUUGAAUCAAACGGGAUGUAACUGUUUGGACUCCCUGUACCUUAAGUCUUAACGCACCUGAAGAAGAGGAAAGGUGACGGUGUAAAAAAAGAAGAGUUUUUUUUUUUGUCGUGAUUUUUGGAGAUAACCACUGGUUCUGCUUCAGGUGAAACUUAAUUUGUUUGGGGAAAACACACAAAAUGUCGCACAGAUUUCAGUUUCCUGCUAUUUUCUUGUGCGUAACAGGUGUUUUGGCUUCCUACGCUCAGGAAUGUGGCCGACCACCGUUACAGGAGAACAGGAUUGUGGGAGGGGAGGACGCCAAAGAUGGUGCUUGGCCGUGGCAGGUGGAUGUACAGACAUCGUCUGCUCGUCAUAUCUGUGGAGGCUCCAUCAUCACAGAGAACUGGGUCCUAUCAGCUGCGCAUUGUUUCCCCAAUCCAUCUGACGUGGGCUCUUACAUCAUCUACGCUGGCCGAUACCAACUGCAUGGCAUCAACUCACACCAGUCAACACAUCGUGUGAAGCGGGUGGUGAUUCCAAACAGUUACGAGGAGCCUCACAAGGGGAAGGAUUUGGCCUUGGUCGAGCUGUCCACCCCAGUAACCUGGUCGGAUCAUGUCCGUCCAAUAUGCUUGCCCACGUCUGGCACCCUUUUCCCAGGUGGCAUGCAGUGUGUCGUCACUGGCUGGGGGAAUAUCCGCGAUGAUGUCCCUCUGCCAGGAAUUGGGACUCUGCAGCAAGUGCAGGUGCCAAUCAUCUCCCAGAGUUCAUGUCAGGAGAUGUACCAGACGGACCCGUCCAACCAGGUGGACAUCUUGUAUGACAUGAUCUGCGCUGGAUACCAGGAAGGCGGCAAGGACUCCUGCCAGGGUGAUUCGGGAGGGCCCCUCGUCUGCCAGAUGCUAAAUGGGACCUGGGUGCAGGCUGGGGUGGUGAGUUUUGGACAUGGCUGUGCUCAGCGAAACCAGCCAGGUGUGUAUGCCAGAAUGACCAGCUUCUCAAGCUUCAUCACCAACAAGAUACCAGAGAUCCGGCUGUAUGGUCAAGCUAAUCAGAACUGGUGUGGGAGGACUGCUAUGUUGGUCACCUGUCUGUCCAUUCUACUGAUUCUGGUUCAGACACUUUGAAAACUGUAUUUCUGGAAAGUAGCAUGCACACCAGGCCAAAUGAAGGAGGUGAUUAAUGAUAUGUCUGAAUAAUGAAACUAGAAAACUGUACCUGCCAUGCACAUGGAGCCAUAUUGAACAUGAAAUGUAAUAUAAUCUUAUCAUUUUUAGAACUACAACCUUGCAUUAUGAUCUUUGAUUCAAAGUAGUUUGGAUAGGUUUUGUAUUUUAAAUCACAAUUAUGUGCUAAAUAAAUUAUGUUCUGUAUUUGAAAUAAAUUCUUAAUUUGAUUCCUAAAAUCAGGUCACUGCUCAGUUCAACUUCUGAUAGCUACGUUUGGAAAUGUUGUAUGUUGUAUACGGACCGAAGCUUCAGUAAUGCACUUUGAAAGCUUUCUUAAAAGACCAGUGUGUAGAAUUUAGUGGAAUCUUGUGGGGUAGCUGUUCCAGAUUGCAAUACUCUUUGUUUCAUCCUCCACAGAAUCGGUAGAUAUAAGACUCAUUCUAAGGUAACAAAAACAUGACAAUUAUGUUCAGGUGAUUAUACACUAAUGAAAACAUAGUUCUACAUAUUAAAUUCCAUUACUGCAAUCCCACACACUGUUUUUUAAAAAAUAUUUUCAUAUCUACUUCUACAUCCGCUGACAUCUCUAAAUACUAAAGCAGUCGCUUUUUGAAAUAACCUUUAAAAGUCUCUUUGAAUUGCUUCAAAGUAAUUUUGAAAUGGCCUGCCUCACUGAAAACCAACUUAAUCUCCAUUGAAUUGAACACUUAAUUCAUUGUAGUUCACAGACAGGUGAUGACUUUGAUGUUUUCUUUAUUAUAAAGAAGGCACAGCAUGUCAUAAUAGUAAAAAAUAAAAUAAAAUUAAAAAAAAGGCUGCCUGGUAGUGCCUAUUUAAAAAAAAAAA